GGGAAAUGAAAGCUGUCGGCAGAAUACUCUUUAGUCUGUUUUCUAAACAUAUACAUUCAGCUGCUUGCUGAACUUCAUUUGGCUUCUCGAAAAUAACUAUUCCUUUUGUUUAAGCUUUUGAAAUACCGAAUGAUCUCGUUUGUGAAUCGCUCAGAGACAAAUUUAAAUAAUUUGCCGGCAGGAAUUUCUUGUUUCCACUCCAGAAAAAGGCAAAUGACAAGGCCAUUAACUUUAAUAGUGGGGUAUUUUUUCGCUGUUGUUUACCGACAAGAUCACAGGCGAAGAAGCAGGAAUUUCGGAGUUUCUGGCUAUCUUUUAUAAAUCCUGCGGCUGCUUCGGACAAUUUUCUUUUUCACACUUGCAGGGUAACGUAUUGUUAGAAAGAACAAAAGUUUUUGUCGCUGCAAAAUAGUUAUUUUUGUCGCAAUUUUUGAUGUUAUCAGGCUUAACCGGUGGACGUUUAUUCUGCGAUUCACUGCCUUCUUUUGCAGGCUCCAAGUGAAGAUCGAUUAAGAGAACUAAAUUGCUCAGGAAGAAAUCUGGAUAAAUUAGUCUGAAAGCAAGUUUUCACCUAUCCAUCUAAUUAGGGACGCAGACGUGCGCCUUCGGCCUUGAUGUUGAGCCUUCGGUGUUGACAUUUAAGUGGUCACACGCGAAAGAUGGCGGAGAAGUCUCUCGUAUACUUCUGUUCGUUUUGUGGCCUUAUACUCUUCUCUAGUUGUAGGGUUAGCGCAACAGAACUGACAAGCGACAUGGUAAGAAGAUGGGCAAAACGCAUCGGAUCAGAAGCUGCUGAAUUUACGGAGAAUGUGACCGGUGCAAAAUACUUAAAACAGGCAUAUGAAAACUUAACGUUGACGCCAGAAGAGGUGCAUGACGAAGUUCUCAACAAAAUGAGAGAAGAAAUGAAAGUUUUCUUCAGCAGCAAGACAUCUUCAUUAAAGAAAUUAGUGGAGAAGGCAGAGGAUGCUUACUGCAAUUACAAGUACAAUAAAAACUUGAAGCUGAGUGAAGAAAACUAUCCAAAUGCUAAGGAUUUGGAUAAGUAUCUAAAUAAGAGUGGUCUGAAAUUGGAAUACAACUCUACCUUCAAAAAUGCCAUCAGCUUUAACAAGAGUGUUGUUCAUGUCCCUACAGAUGUCUAUAAUGGAGGUAAGGUCACAUUUGACAGUUUUCAAUACUCUUUACAUGUAGCUUGCAAUACAAUACUGAAACUUUAUAUAGUAAAUUUGGAGGCCUCCAUGGCUUGUUUUCAAGUGGAAUGGUAUUCUAAAAGGAUAUUCCAUGACAUUUAUAGCCAAAUUUCACAGGUCUCAUAGUUUCCAAU